AUGCCCGGAAGAAGAGGCCCCGAUGAGUGGCUAGAAACUAUCAAGAAAUGCCAGGCCUUACAUGAGAACGAUAUGAAAGAGCUUUGUGAAAUGGUUAAAGAAAUAUUGAUGGAGGAGUCUAAUAUCCAGCCGGUAAAGAGCCCGGUAACGGUGUGUGGGGACAUUCAUGGGCAAUUCCAUGACUUGUUGGAAUUGUUCAGGGUUUCCGGGGGAUUUCCUGAUAAUAUCAAUUAUAUCUUUUUAGGAGAUUAUGUUGAUAGAGGGUACUUUUCUUUAGAAACUUUCACUUUAUUGAUGUGUUUGAAAGUGAAGUAUCCUUCAAGAAUCACGUUGGUUAGAGGGAACCACGAAUCUCGACAAAUUACCCAAGUAUAUGGGUUUUACGAAGAGUGCUUAACGAAAUACGGGUCAACCACCGUAUGGAAGUACUGUUGUCAAGUGUUUGAUUUCUUGACGUUGGCAGCGAUCAUCGAUGGUAAAAUCUUGUGUAUUCAUGGAGGGUUGUCACCAGAAAUCCGUAUGCUUGACCAAAUUAGAGUGUUGUCAAGGGCCCAAGAAAUUCCUCACGAAGGGGGAUUUUGUGAUUUAGUGUGGUCAGAUCCCGAUAACGUGAAAAAUUGGUCGGUCAGUCCAAGAGGGGCCGGUUGGUUGUUCGGGUCUGCCGUGGCUCGAGAGUUCAAUUAUGUCAAUGAUUUGAAGUUGAUUGCCAGAGCGCAUCAAUUAGUUAUGGAAGGGUUCAGGUAUCAUUUCAAGGACAAAGAUGUCGUCACAGUGUGGUCAGCACCAAAUUAUUGUUAUAGAUGCGGUAAUGUUGCUAGUGUCAUGAAAGUUGGAGAAGAUUUGAACCCACAAUUUAAAAUCUUCAGUGCGGUGCCUGACGAUUCUCAACGGAUGGCUCCGGAAAAACAACAAAGAAGUGAUUAUUUCUUAUGA